UUCCCUCAUGGACCUCUCAACCAUGUAACCCCUCCACAGGCCCCCAGCCAUCAUACCCCCCGCGUGGACCUCCUACCCAUGUAACCCACACUACAUACACAUACCGACCAACUCCCUCAGGCAUAUAACCUCACACCUACCCACCCCACAGACAUACACAGACGUGUAACCUCCUUCCUGAGGCUGGCAUGUAACCUCCCACACACAAGUGCCCCUCCCCAAUUAAAGCCUGUAGUCCUUGCCCCAUGUUGCCCUUCUCCUGAGCUUAGCAGGAGUGUUAUUGCUUUCUGGCAUUUUGCUUGGUAUCCAUUUCCUGGGUGAGCUUUCACCUCAAGGAUGAGCAGCUGAAGAGACUUAUAUAUUUAGUUCUUGCCCCCUCCCAACCCCAGUCCCUUAUCUGUGUCCGUGCAGCUCCAGUUAUAGCCCUGGCUCUGCCAUUCAUCUACUCUUUUGGGCUCUAAGCUAACUCAGUGCUUGCUCUGAACCUCACGCUUUCCAUACUUAAGUAGGGAAAUGCUCGUGUUACCAUCGAUAAGAGUAAUGUUUCUGUUAGAGUAAAUUUCUGGUGUCAGGAACUGGUGUCUUUUUAAAGUGCCUGGUACACUUUCUGAUGCUGUAUAUGUAAUGAUAUCAGACUUGGGCAUCAUAACAUGUUGCAUCCCAGUCUUAGUUAAACAGGAUGUCUUAAUGUUUUUUAAAUACAAUGGAUGGAUUGUUAAAAGGAUUGGGUUGAUGGUUUUGUCCUGAAUGACGAGUUCUGUAAGUUAAUCAUUCUCCGGAAAGCAGCUGUAAACAAAACUGAGAAGAAAAGAGAUCAUCAAUAAAGCUGUAGCUCUGCAAAAAUAUCCCAGGAUGUGAAUUCUGAGAAGAGUCCAGCUUCCAGUUCAGACACCCUGUUAGUUGCUGUUUUUUUUCUUUUCCUCAUUCAAAACUGCUCUUUUGUUCCAACUUUUAUUUACAAGCAAUUGCUAUUUUUUAAAAAUCUUUUUUUACAACUAUUCACUACAGCUGUGAGCUGAAUUUUUAAAAAGCAGGACAAAUCCUCCUAUCAACAGGAUUUUUCUUUUUUUCUUUCUUGGAGAUAUUACUUUGAUUGUACCAUGGUGGAUAAGGGUUACAGUUACUACCGAACAGUGAUAUUCACUGCCAUGUUUGUUGGUUACACACUGUACUAUUUCAAUAGAAAAACAUUUUCAUUUGUAAUGUCCUCAAUCAUGGAAGAAAUAGAAUUGGACAAAGAUGACUUGGGUCUCAUCACUAGCAGCCAGUCUGCAGCCUAUGCUAUCAGUAAAUUUAUCAGUGGAGUCCUCUCUGAUCAAAUGAGUGCCCGCUGGCUCUUCUCAUCUGGCCUUCUACUGGUGGGCGUAGUCAAUGUUGUCUUUUCUUGGAGCUCUACAGUUACAGUCUUUUCAGGACUGUGGUUCCUGAAUGGGCUGGCUCAAGGACUGGGGUGGCCACCGUGUGGGAAGGUACUGCGCAAAUGGUUUGAGCCUUCCCAGUUUGGGACGUGGUGGGCAAUUCUCUCCACCAGCAUGAAUCUGGCUGGUGGCUUGGGCCCCAUUGUUGCUGCUUUGAUGGCUCUGAGCUACGACUGGCGCACAACUCUGUCCGUCUCCGGCUUCAUCUGCGUGGUUGCCUCCUUUAUUUGUCUUGUCCUGAUUAAAAAUGAGCCCUCAGACGUUGGGCUACCAAACAUUGGACCAGGAACCAUGAAGGGGAAAAAAGGUUCAUCCAGAGAUGACAGCACCCUGGCAGAGCUGCUACUCUCGCCAUACCUGUGGGUACUCUCGACUGGCUACCUGGUUGUCUUCGGAGUGAAGACAUGCUGUACAGAUUGGGGUCAGCUCUUCCUGAUUCAGGAGAGAGGACAGUCUGCUCUUGUGGGCAGCUCUUACAUGAGUGCCUUGGAAAUCGGAGGCCUGGUAGGAAGCAUUGCUGCUGGGUACCUUUCUGACAGAGCAGUAGCACAGGUGGGUCUGUCAAGUUAUGGGAAUCCUCGGCAUGUGCUCCUGCUUUCCAUGAUGGCGGGAAUGUCUGCUUCGAUGUACCUUUUCCGGGUCACAGUCACAAGUGACUCUCCUAAGCUGUGGAUACUGAUUCUCGGAGCCAUCUUUGGGUUUUCUUCUUAUGGACCAAUUGCGUUGUUUGGAGUGAUAGCAAAUGAGAGCGCACCUUCCAACCUGUGUGGCACCUCCCAUGCUAUUGUUGCACUAAUGGCCAAUGUUGGUGGUUUCCUGGCUGGAUUGCCUUUCAGUACUAUAGCCAAGCACUACAGUUGGGCCACAGCCUUCUGGGUAGCUGAAAUAACGUGUGUCGUCAGCACCAUAGCCUUUUUCUUAUUACGGAACAUCCGCACCAAGAUGGGUCGGGUACCCAAGAAGAUUGACUAAAGAUGAGCAGCAAAGGUGCAGCUGUUACCCAGCUUACUCUGUCAUGAGCUACCUUCUGUGUCUCCCUCCCCAGAAGCAGAGACCGCUACCUCAUUACUAAAGAAAAACGCUGGUCACGCAGCUAUUAUCAGAGACUGAACAGUUACUGGUCCACAUAUUACUACAGAUCCCGGCCAUUGCAGCAAAACAGCUCCCUUUUCAGUAACGGCAAUGAGUAAAGUUCUUUGGAACUCCAUUCAAGAGAUGGAAGCACUGUACAACAGUUACUUUUUGCUGUUAAAUUAGUCACCAUGGCUAACCUCAGAGUAUUAGUGAACUGCAAAACAGAUGGUUAACACUGAAUAGAAUAGUACUUCCUGGAGUACCAAGGAAACUGUUUGAGAGUGUAUGCAGUAACAGCAUUAGACACAUACACACCUUGUAUAGCUCCUCUCUUUCUGUAUUAUCUAGAAAAGUCUUUAAAAGAGAUUUAACAUUAGGUUGUAAUGAUUAGUAACAUAAUCAAGGAUAUUGUCAGGUGAAAGCAUAAAUUUCUAAUGGCUCCAGUUCCAGUGAACUGAACCAGGUACAGCAUUUUUAGGUUAAACUACAACAUAAAGUCUGCUUACUAUUAUGAAUGCCUGUUAGCAGGAUUGUUGCCCCUUGGUAGUAUGUCUUUUGUUAACAGGCUUUUCUUAUCAGGAUUUUUGUUUGUGGUCUCUGCAGGGUUUUAGUUAUUCAGAACGCCUGUAGGUAAGCAAGAAACUCAGUGGCCACCACUGUAAAGCUACCUUGACAUAACAGAUUGCUCUGCCAGCCUUAACAAAAUGGCUAACUGUUGUACAAAAGCAAACUACAUUUGAUACUUAAGCAUGAGUAUUAAGAAAUACGGUUUACCAACUGUGAAAUAAAAAUGUAGCACUGCAAUGGCAGCAUGAGACGACUUGUGCAAAGGGAUCAAGAAAAAAGGGGGAAGCUCUUGCCCAGAGGCCAGUGCUGGAUACAGGACAUUCCUCUUUCUACAGUGAGCAGCCUUAGUCAGAAGCAUUCAUUUUAUGUUGCCCUUCCUGCUGCUAUUCCUCAGAACAGCUGUGCAGACACCAAGGAAUUUAUUUUUUCAGUUUAUUCCUUAUUCAUUUCACCCACCUCCCCUGCUUGAAAUCCAUUAUUUCUGUUUACACUGAGGUAAGCUGAAGUGUGCCUUCCAAGGGGGUUCUGGCACAGUAAAGGGCAUCUCAAGCUAGAAUGGUUUCAGAUGGUAAAACAGAACACCGGAGUGAUAAUAACCAGGCUGCAUGUUUACCCUUGUUCAGACUAGCUCUAGCAGAAGUGAAUGCAUCUAGUCCAAGAAUUAAUCUAUCCACACUUUAAGGGAAUGUUUAUUGCUUGUACAUCCAAAGUAACCGUUUGUCUGAGCCAUAAAUUAAAGCUGCAGAAAAAACUAAUAUAUGUACACAUUUAAGAGUGAAAAAGGGGUGUAUAAUAGGUUUUACCACCAUGUUGUGUCUUAUCUUCCUCUGUGUUACAGUGACAGCAUUAGAGCUGCAAUCAUAGCUUCAGCCACAUAUGUCCAUUCUUAGCUAUGAUAAUAUUCACUGUUAGGCAAAGGUGGAUUCCACACCCAUGGAAUAAAGCAGCAUUUCUGGAGAUGACAAAAGCAAUUUGGGACCUCAUGACCUCCUCUCUUGCUGCUGUAGCCAGAGACAGGAUUCUGUAAAAGCUGUCUAGUAAGGAGAGGCUCAGUACUGACACUGGAAAAGUCCUAUGAUCCUGGUCCAAAUGGUCCAGCUUUUUCUGCUACCUCCAAAGCAAGUUUCAAGUUUUGAUCGAAGAGCUCACACCUGAAAUAUUCACAGAAAUACAGGCAUGAGGAUCAGAAGGGGGUGAAAAAAUCCCCAUCUACAACCCAAAACAUAUUGGUGUUUUUAAUCUGAGAACUGUUAGCUCGAAGACAGCCCCAGUCCUGCACUAGCUUCUCUUCCAUUCCAGAUUCUGCUAAUGGCAACUUUUUGAAUCAAAAGACUGAUUAACAAAGCAGCUUGAGUUCAGCUUUCCUAUUUGACAUGCCAAAGCCAUUUCAAAAACAUAAAGCUUAAUUGCCACUUUGACAAGGGUUAAAAGUGCAAUGGGGCCCUGCCAAGAGAGAGCGUGUCACAUUGCUCAAAUGGAACUCCAAAGGAAGUUUCCUCCAGCCUUUUGUAGAGAACAGGAAUCAGACUGGUGUCCUUGGAAGACCUUCUCCAAGAACUUGACAGUGCUGAACCUCCUUAUGGAAUUUAGUUUAAUCAUGCAAAAAGUUAGAUUUUUGAUUGUGCCUUAAACAAAACUAGUGUCUGCAUCAAAGUAGUCAAGCGUACUACCAGAGCUCCAGUCAGCAGCCCAGGUCAAAAGAGAACCCAGCAAUCUUAGGUUUAUUUUUAGUGGAUGGACUCUAGGAACAGGCGCUAAAAACAUGGGGUCUGCUUCCAAUUCUGUCACUGACCAAAUAACCUCAGACAGUAAAAUCACCUGUCUGCUUCCCCACUGUAAAAUAAGUACGUCUUCUCUUCUUCAAAGGGGAUUGUAUUAAUGGUUGUACGGUGCUCUCAAAGUGGAGAGCUGAGCAAAUGCUAAAUAUUGUUAUUCUACACAUCAUCUGCCUUCUCCCUACCUGAUUGGCAUCUCCAGUGAGUAGAAAGGAUUUUUCAGAGCGAAGUCAGAAUAAAUCUCAUAGAUCUUGCGCAGAAGGGACUCUAUCCCAGCUUGCCGUGGAUCAGCGAGCACCACAAAUUUGAUCCCUGGAGCCAUAAUGAAAGAAGCAUUAGCACUGACUACAUGCAAGCUGCAAAGGUAAUAAUACUAUAAAAUACAUUCCCAAAUAUAAUUGAAAAGGCCUCAUUUACAGGAAGGACGGGAGAGCAGCUGACACCAUCUGAAGAAUACUUAAAAUUUGCCUUGUUUUGUUUAAGAUAUAUAGAGAAAGAUUAAUGAUUGAGUAGUGUAUUUUAGCAAGCUAACAUUCAGGAUGUGAUUUUACUUUCAGGUGCACAGAGCGUAUUUUGUAACAUUGCUAACGUGCCUAUACACUUGAGCACCUCUAGGGGAAUCUUGCACUUCAAGCACAAGCUGGGUUUUAUUUGCAAUUCUUCAGCUAGAUUCCAGACUUUUAAAGACAUGGUGGCCAAUUGAGGCAAGACGAGACAAGCUAGUUUCCCUUUCUGUAAAGGGGAUAAUUCCUGGGAGGUGAGUAAGAAGUUGAGGGUUAAUUCGUAUUUGUGAGGUACUUUGUCAGUUUCUCUCGAUAGAGGCCCAUCAGCUCUUUGUAAAUCCUUUUGUAUACUUCUGGUGCUCUCUAACUGGAUACUGAAAUAAUUAUCUUUUGCCCUUUUCUAGUGCCUUUCAUCUUAAAAUGGCAAUCUAAUUCAGAGAAAUACCAUAUGAAUAAAGAUCAGGCACAAAAGCAGUACUUUUGCAGCAAUAUACAAGUCUAAUAAAUACUCCUGAGGGCAUUCUGUGCCAAAAAAAUAAAAAUUGUGCACA